AUGCCGAAAGCAUCGAAAAAGACCAAGGAUCCCAACAUGCCGAAGCGCGCUCAAUCCGCUUACUUCAUUUGGAUGCAAGAGAACAGAGAGCGCAUCAAGAAGCCGGGGAUGAGUGUCGCUGAUGUCGCAAAGGCUGCUGGUGUGGAAUGGGGCAAGUUGUCUGCUUCCGAGAAAUCCGUUUGGGAGAAGAAGGCUGCUGAUGACAAGAAGCGGUAUGAGGCUGAUAUGGAGGUCUAUCGUUCGCGACAAGGCAAAUGA